AUGAAAGCACACAAGGCGUACCUCUGGGGAGUAAGCACUUCGCAGAAUGCCCGGCACAUGAAGGUCUAUGGCCUGUCGAAGCGGAACGGCCUCGUCAACGGGUAUUUGAACGGGUACAUCAGCCGACCCAAGUGCAAGGCACUAUUCCGCACCCUCACCGAUGCCACCGAAGAUUCGGAGUUUGCCGUGCGACACUACGCGAAGGAUGGUGUGGUGCUGCGCUAUCGUAUGUACGCCGGCAUCACUAGUCCCUACCUCAAUCGAGGCGGGCUGCAGAAGAAGUUCGAAGCGAGUGGGGAGCGUAUCACAGCUGAACAGCGGGGUGAAGCCCGGAAGAAGGAGGAACGCUGGGGUGCAAUGGAGCUUCACAAGAUGUUCCCGCAGCUCGUGGGACUUCCCAAGAAGCGUCGGGACAAGAAGACCAUGGAGGUGAACUUCCACAGCAUGGGCUAUCCGCCAGGCGAGGGAGGCAAAAGGAAGCGCAUUGCCCCUCGAUUCAUGGAUGCUGACCUGAUCCGCUACAGACCUGAGAACCCGAAACUGUGGGGAUGCCAUGCCUACAAGCUCUACGAGAGCUACAAGAGAUCAAAGACGCUGCGAGAGGCCGUGCGGCUCGGCGCGAGGCCCAUCGACUUGGCCCACGACUACAACUGGGGCUUUCUCACAGUCCGGCGCUUGUCUUUGAACUUGCCAUGGGAGGUGGAGAUCAAGGAGCGACCUCCUCCUGCGCAGCGGGUUGGCUUCAAGUGGGCUCAGAAGCCUCGAAAGAAGGAGGAGGAGAUGUUCCACAAAAUCGACGAUUCCAUCUGCCGAGUGCGUAUCAAGGACAUGAGCUUGGGUCAUCAAGGCCUCACAUUGCCAAAGAAAACGCUGAUACCACUGGCGCGGCGGGUGCCACAGCACUUCCGGAAGCUUGAGCUGAACGACUUGACGAAGGAGGACGGUCCGUUGAGCUCGGUUCCCAUGGUGGUUCUACGAUCUUUGCUGCGCUGGAUUUCCACUGGCAGCCUGCGAUACCUGCGCAAGAACACAAAGGCCGUGCACACUUCCCUGAAGGCGCUGGGCUUCACACAGAUGGCGAAGAAGGUGAAGCAACGGGAGGCCGCAGACAUGAAGCUGGCCGAGGACAAG